GGAGGGAAGAUACCAGAGGGGAGGAGGGGAGGACACCAGGAGAGCAAGGCCCUCUAAAUGAACUGAGCACAGCUCAGAUGAACUCAAAUGAACAGAGCUGAAGCAGCAAGCACAGGGCUGGCAUGGGUCUGCACCAGGCUAUCGUGUAUGUAUUUUACUUUUCAGUUUAGUAUUUUUUAUGGGACUUCCAAGUGUGAAUGGUGGGUCUCUGAUUCUUGUGCCUUCUCUUUUGCUUCUGUUGGUUUGCUUUGUCCAACUUCAAUGUUAUGGUUUUUGUUCUAUCUUAUUUUGUUAAAAAGGAAAGAAAUCUUGGUCUGUAGAGUCUGUACCUGGGCUCAUGUUUGUGCCCCAUUCAUGUAGUACAGUCAGAAGCACACAGCACUCAGGAACUAAAGCAUGUAAAACGUGGAUGAAUAAACAGGCUAGAUGGGGAAGGCCUCUUCUGAAGCAGUACUUUCAGGCUUGAAGGCCAGAGGAGCUUAAGUUAAGAUGCAAGUUCUCAUAAGGCCCAGUCUUAGCUUUGGAAGGAGUAAAGCCCAAGGGGAAGAGCCUUGGGGCUUGGCUGCCUGUGUGUAGCACAUGGACUGCUACCUGCUGAAGCAGCAGGAGUCUCAGGGUCAGGCUGAGAAUGCAGCCACUGAGCCUCAGGAAUAGGAGGCACUGUGACCCCCUCUAUCUGUGCUCUCUUAGGCCAGUUGCUUUACUCCUCUGAGCCUUGUUUUUCUCCAUCAAAAGCACUACAUCUUGGAUUUGUGACUCUUUUCCGAGCUUAUAUCCUGUUACACUGAAGCAUGUCUCACUUUGGACCUGUAUAGAACCUAUGCCAGUCUACGUUGUACCCUUUAUGUACAUGUCGUGUGACUUGCACAAGCAGCACCGUGGGGGUGAAUUUAUGGUCUUAGUUUGCAGUUGAAAGACGGCAACUUUGAGAAUAAAAGCUACUUGCCAAGAAUUCCAUAGCUUUGCCCCUGAUAACUAGGUGUGAUUAUAAUUUGGACCUCCACUACAGCACUAAGAGCAUUAAGUAAUGUGGUUGGAGACCAGAAGCUUACUGAUACAGUAGUGGAGGUGCAGUACCACCAGAAGGCUUUCAUACCAGCCAUAGCUAAGACCUGUACCACAGAGAAGUCACAGAGCGCUCAUACCAUAGAAGGGAGAGUGACUGAGGAAGAGGUGGCCCUCAGCAACACACACAGGUCAGGCCUAGAGGCUCCAGACAGCUGUCCUGUGGUGGGCUCUGCUGGUUCAGUGAUGUGUGAACUCUGGAACACAUGAGAACAAAUAUGCAGACAUUCAGAGCUUCAGGAUACUCUAAGCUUUAGUAGAUGAGCCAUCAAUUUUGUUACUUGGCUCUGAGGACAUCAGACUGUCACAGAAGAGGCAGUUUGAGAGAACCAGCUCCUCUACAGGGGCGUCCAUCAGGGGAAAGCGGGGCUCAGGCAAGUGUAUGUGGUUUUGAGUGUAGUAGAGGAACCAACGGAGAAAGUACUUGUCCCUGGGGGCAGGUGGAGUAGACUCUUUAGAUGACAGUUGACACCCAAAGGCUGAACCAUGCCCAAUGUGCAGAUUCAUUCCUCUACCCACUGGCAUGUGUUCUGCAGUCAGUUAUGUGCUAACCCCUCUGGAGAGACACUGCUGGGUCAGCUGUGACCUUGUGGUGUGACUGAGUAGAACUCUAUCCAGUGUGGAGAAGGACAAGAAAAGGCCGCAUAGGUGGGAAGGUAGCCUGGAGGAAGGAGGUAUUUUUUGAUCUAGGAGUUGGUUGUAUUUGUGGGUUAGGCAGAAGUUUGGCUUUACUGAGUAGAAGGCUGGAGACGAGGACUCUUCCCAUGGAAUGGUUAAGGAGUGUAGGUGAACUUGUAUAGAAUCAUGAGUGGAAAAGCCUUAAGCCCCAGCCAAUGUGUGAUUGGGGUGUUUAAAGCUUGGCUCUGAAGACAUCAGACUAUCACAGAAGAGGCAGUUUGAGAGGACUAGCUCCUCUACAGGGGUGUCCAUCAGGGGGAAGUGGGGCUUAGACCAACGUAUGUGGUUUUGAAUGUAGUAAGAGAAACCAGCAGAGAAGGUUCUUGUCCCUAGGGACAAAUGGAGUACCCUGGGUAGCACAUCUACACCCAAGCUGAACCAUGUGCCAGGUGCUAGACAGGGUUAUGAUGAGGAUGUUCAUUGCCUGGUGCCAGGCCUCAAGGCCGGUGUGUUAUACUAUUCCCUUAUUCCUCUGAUUGCCCACACUCUGAGGCAGAUCCCCACCCUCUCACCCCCUUACUGUGAAAAGCCAACUGUACUGAAAGUCUUUGUGGCCCAUGCCUUGUUAGAUCACUGACAGUAUAGUACCGACCUGUUGGUGCCAGGUACCAGCCCAGGUACUGACUUGUCAUCUGUAGGAACUCUCAGGCUGUAGGACCAUCACCCUUUUCAUCAGUGCAGAAGACUUUCUUAGUUAGCAGCAGGAGUGAGUCACCAGCCUAUGUGUCUGACAGAAGGAUUGGUAAACAUGAUAAGGACAGACUAGAGGAAGAAAGAUCCCGAGUAGGGAAACAGCUAAGGGGUCAUGUAAAACACUGACUCCCAAUUGUUAGCUGAAUCAGAACAACCAGGAGAGUGCACUUAAAUACAAAAGAGGCUGGAGCAGGGCCCAAGGAAUGAGGUCUCAGAGUUGUCCAAUACCUCAGAAGAGUAGUGUGAGUCAGCCAUCUCAAGGACCAACUGUGCCCUGUAAGGCAGGAAGAAAAGUCAUGUCUAGAUGUCCCUUUGCAUUAACUGGCAGAGCUAGCCUGCUAGCUACUAUCUCAGGGAAUUGGUAGUGGCCUGACCUGCCUUUUUCCUGACCACACUGUUCUGUUGCCCCUCUCAAGACCCUGGGAGGGUGUGAUCUGAGGGUGCACAGAGCCAUGAUGGGGUAGCAGGUGCAGCAGUGGCUUAGCUGUGAGAGCUCACUGGGGGUUUGAGAGGCUGACAGCAGCUUUGUCCAGUACUGACCAUCUGGGGACAAAGAGAAUGAGGUAGAACUGCCUAGGAGCACUUUGUUGGGUACGCUGUGAUCAGUGCUUUGUACCUGCCCUUUCCCUGGGUGGCUUCAAAAUUCUUUCAAGGGCAUUGUGUUUCCUUUUUCUUCCUGGCCUUGUAGAUGCUGCCUGUUUCCUGGCAGCCUUUUAAUGCACCUCCCCAGGAAAGGGGUUUGUCUUUCGAUUUUGCCCCUUUGGAUAAAGGCUUUCAUUUGAAGAGGGGGAAGAGGAGCUAGGGCUCCCUCUACACAGAGGACACACAGUCCUUCCUACCCCAAAGUCCAGCCUCAAAGUUUUUAGGAAAGAAAGCCCAGCCCCUGAUUAUGGCCAACCUCAGCCUGAUUUGUGCCUCACAGUCCAGUUGCUGGGAGAAUAAAGACAACAGUGGAGUUAAGUGUCAGCUGGGUUGUGGUGGGGUUGUCUACUGAAGAGGAAGGACAGGAAGGAAACUGUGGGGCCCGCCCGAGUCAGUCAAGGUGCUGGAAAUGUCAGGAACUGUGUGCAUAGCACCCUUCCACCAGUCUGAUUGGGGGCCUGCCAUGCUGUGGGGCUUGAGAGCUGGUUGAACCAGGAAAGAGCAGUGGCCUAUAGUCCAGCCUUGAUGUGUGAUCACAGUGUCAGGGAGUCUGUAAUGCAAAGACGCGCCAGCAUGUGCUGCACUGACAAUCAUGAGAGGCUUGAGGCUCCAAGCAUGUGGUGACAGGUAGUACUCCUGACCAGACUGCUAAAUUUGAGAUGCGCAGUAUUGACCUGCCAUGUGGCCUAUGGUAGCUCACCCAAAGGUUUACUGACCUUGAACUAUGGGCAGUGAGAACACUGCUCUCUUGGGUACAGCUACGAGGUCUCAGUGAGAUGAUGUAUGUAGGUACACUUACCUGUUACUUUUAAUUGGACUACAACAAAACCCCUAAGAGGAGCAAUCACAGACUGGGAAGCAACAAAAGUGAAGGGAACAGAAGAGGUAGAGCCACAAGGGAAGCUUUGGAAGACUGUGCACUUGGACCACUUACACACAAGUAUACUCACAGUUUGAGUGAACCUAAUAGUUCCUAAUAGCAGGAGUGAUGAUGUUGGAGAUCAUAAGACUGCCUGGCUCUGGGUACUGUGCUUGUGCCUCCCAAUGCAUCUGACCUUCCCCUACUGCCUUGUGAAUGGGACCUCGGCUGAGAAUCUCAAGUUCUUGAACUAAGUGGUCAGCAAAUCCAGUCAAAUCAGUGACCUCUCUCUAGGUUGUGUAAGAGACCAAAGAAGGGACUGGAGAGAUGGCUCAGUGGUUAAGAGCACUGACUGCUCUUCCAGAGGUCCUGAGUUCAAAUCCCAGCAACCACAUGGUGGCUCACAACCAUCUGUAAUGAGAUCUGAUGCCCUCUUCUGGUGUGUCUGAAAACAGCUACAAGUGUACUUACAUAAUAAAUAAAUUAAAAAAAAAAAAAAAAAAAGAGAGACCAAAGAAAGUGGAGAAUGGUUAGGGAAUAGACCUGAUGUCAUCCUCUGGCCCCUGCACCACAUGCAUAUACACACAUGUAUCUAAAUCUUUGCAACUGAGAAGCCUUGUGCACUCUCUGAAUAUCUCACUAAGGAGCACCUCUGAGAAAACUAGACCCUGUCUGACCUGAGUGAUUGUGUCUUUGCUGGACAGGGUCAGAGGCUCUGUGAGAAUCAGCAGCACCAGCCAUAGUGAUGCCUUGGUGUUUUAGACUGCUUAAGAGGAAUGAGCAGGGGGAAAUAGAAGGCUAAUAGUGACAUUUAAAGUUGGAGUCAUGUAAAGCCCCCCACCCCCAACUCCGAAGACCAGAGUUUAUCCCUUGCUAUAAUCUUCACUUUCCUCCUUAGGAGUCUUAGGAGAACCCGCCACUGCGUCUCAGAACUGCUUUCUUCAUUCUGCUUUGUUAAGGUUAACCUACAGUGACUCAGGCCAGUGGGAGGGUCCAGGAGCUCUGUGUUCCAGGUGUAUGUGCCAUAGGAGGCCCAGAUUGAGGGCUCCUUAGCUGAAUUGGGCCUUUUUACCUCACACAGUACCUAGCUUAUGAUCAGGACAGCCAUCAGCUCCAACUGGCCAUCAAGGGCAUAGAAAUUGGAUCAGGAAUGACCAUUUGGGGUCCAAAGCAACUUGACCCCACUAAGCUGUGUAUAGCCUGCAGUUCAAAAGAGGUAUUGCUGGUUCUGGAACUGGUGUUGAGAAUAGCAACCGGGAAAUGAGUGUGCAUUUUGAGCAAUUACUUUCUGAAGUGGCUUUAGUGGUUGACUUUAAGGAAGAGGCCUCUUGGCAAAAGGAAAAGAUUGAGGGAGCCAUUCAGUUUCCUCUCUUGGCAGAAGUGGAGAAUGCAUUCAGCAGUGGCGGCACUGCAGUUAGCCUCUGAAUACACAUCAUCUCCAGCCAUCUAAGAGGAACACGUUUCCAUUCUAGAACCCAAGGCUGGGACAAAGCUAAAGGAGUUCUGGCCUCUUGUCCUAGAGAUGCAAAAAGAAACGGUCCCCUUUGUAGUCAUUCUGUGUGGACUUGCUUGCCCUUGGGCAAGUUGGCAAGUCUGCUUUCUAGUCUGAGUGAGAAGUGUGUCCUCUGACACCAGAUUGUCUUCAAAUGUUCUUCAGGGUUUUCAGUGGGUAAAAUGUCCAAUAGCACAUGUCUGGUUUCUCUUUAAGAAGUCAAAGAACAAAGAAUGAAUUUUAGCCAGCUCUGUCACUAGUUCCCCCAUCGCCUUGCACAAGUCUGGAUCUUCCUACUCAGGAAGACAUGGCUGCUCAUGUUGGUGCUUCUCGGACUCCCCAGGAAGUGAUGGAGCACUACGUUAGUAUGUAUAUCCAUGGGAACUUGGGCAAAGCCUGUAUCCCUGACACCAUCCCCAACCGGGUGACAGAUCAUACCUGCCCCAGUGGAGGUCCUCUCUCACCCAGCCUUACCACACCAUUGCCCCCAUUGGACAUCUCAGUGGCUGAGCAGCAGCAGCUGGGCUACAUGCCGCUGCGAGAUGACUAUGAGAUCGAGUACGACCAGGAUGCUGAGACGCUCAUCAGUGGGCUGUCUGUGAACUAUGAUGAUGAUGAUGUGGAGAUUGAGCUCAAACGUGCUCAUGUAGACAUGUAUGUGCGGAAGCUGAAGGAGAGGCAGCGCCGGAAGAAUAUUGCCCGAGACUAUAACUUGGUACCAGCCUUCCUGGGCAAGGACAAGAAGGAGAAAGAGAAGACAUUGAAGAGAAAGAUCACCAAGGAGGAGAAAGAGCUGCGGCUGAAACUACGGCCACUCUACCAGUUCAUGUCCUGCAAAGAAUUUGACGAUUUAUUUGAAAACAUGCACAAAGAGAAGAUGCUCCGCGCCAAGAUCAGAGAGCUGCAGCGGUACCGGCGCAAUGGCAUUACGAAGAUGGAGGAGUCGGCUGAAUACGAGGCUGCCAGACACAAACGGGAGAGGAGGAAGGAGAACAAAAACCUGGCCAGCUCUAAAAGGGGGAAGGAGGAUGGCAAAGACAGCGAGUUUGCAGCCAUCGAGAAUCUUCCAGGGUUUGAGCUGCUGUCAGAUCGGGAGAAGGUUCUCUGUAGCUCUUUGAACUUGAGUCCUGCACGCUAUGUGACUGUGAAGACUAUUAUAAUUAAAGAUCACCUCCAGAAGCGGCAAGGGAUCCCCUCUAAAAGUCGCCUUCCCAGUUAUCUGGACAAGGUCCUAAAGAAAAGGAUUUUAAAUUUCCUCACAGAAAGUGGGUGGAUAUCUAGGGAUGCUUCCUGAGGCAGACGAUGCUAAAGCAGCUUGUGAGCCAAAUGAUCGGGGGCUUCCCCCAACAUUGUUGCUCUUUUAAACAAAUCGAAUCCUUUUUUCAAGGCUUAAUUUUUUUCAUAACCCUCUGGAAGAAGCAAUAGUAGCAAUCUUAAAUUUGACUCAUGGGGGAGAUAAGCGUGUGUCUUUUUAACUUAGUCCUAAGGUAAUCCUUUCAGAAGACAGCCUGCCUUUGUGUUCCUCUGAAGACUGUCCCCCACCUUGAGCGAGUACCCUUUAUUUCAUGAGCCUUUCCCCGUUUGGGUUUAGAAGCUGUUAUGCUGUGGGAGCCAGGAGCUGUGUGUUCCUACCAUCAGCUUUUCCUUGGUGACACAAGCUUUUACUCAGGUGGGCUGGUGUUGGCACCCCUUUGCUGAGCCCACUGCUUACCCCCCCUCCACCCCCAGCUGACACCCCAAGCACAGCCCCGGCACACCGCACUUUACCGGGAGGCAGGCUGUGCACAGAACCCUCUGCUGUGGAGGCCAGAGACCACCACCAGGCCCGCUCCCCACUGAGCCACUUAGAAUGAGCCCUUCGUUUGCACACAGUGACCACAUGAACUUCCACUUGCCUGACUACAGCCAUUUCAGGCCCUCAAUAGUGCUUCAUCUUAGCCUGGCCUAGCCUGGGCUCCCUGGGCAGGCUCUCUUGGCACAUUCUUGUCCCCUGUAAUUGGGAAAGCAGUUAAUGGAAGGGCCACAGGGUCAGGUGAGGGCUGCCUUUCGCUGCUGUGAACGCUUAGAGUACACCUGACUUGGAAGGCCCUUUUGAGUUCAAGGCAGGGUGUGCAGUGCUGAGAUGGGGCAGUAGGUGCUGAGGACUUCUACCACCAUUGCGGAUUCCCGUUCACUAACUAUUAAGAUGUGCUAGCUAGCCUGGCUCAGUGAGCUGAUCAGGGCAUGGCAGGGGGCCUGGAAGCACAGAGCACCCUGCUUGUGCCUUGGAGCCUGUGCACUGCUUUGAUUUGUGAUCUUGAAACAAACUCAGAAAUGGCUCCUUCCCAGCCCUACUGAAAAGCUUGUUUCUGGGGCCUCCUUCAAGGAUUCAUGGUACCUUCCUUCUAAACUUGAGGAAGGCGUUUGUCUUCCGGCUGCUCAGGGCUUUCACGCCCAGACCCUGCUUUAGAGUCCUGGAGUGACCACAGCCCCUACCCCCUGUCCCUGAGGUACAAGAGCCUGUUUACCUCAUAGAGUGUUUGGGCUCGGAAGUAAAAGUGAAGUUAUUUUGAAGAAAACAACUCAUUUCCAAGGACGACAUGACGACGUGCCUUUUCAUUUUACAUCCUCUGUCCCCUAGGGUAAGUUUUUCAGCAUUAAAUAAAACAUUUCAAAUAUACCGUAUAUGGCUUUAGUUGUAAAGUGCAUUGUGGGCUAGCAGGGGAGUGCCCUGUGAGCCAGGCCCAGAUUCCUCUUGACACCAGAAGAUGCUGAGCAGUGGUGUCAGGACCAGCUCCACACUGCCCCCUGCAGCUGAAUAGUGGACCUAGUUGGUGUUGCUGAACAGCGAUGGGGUGGUUGGUGCUCAGUGCCUAGUUAAGCCAGUGGUUCUCAAAGUAGGGUUCCCCAGGCACUGUCAGAAAUACAGUCAUACCCCAUGUAACUCUCGAAGCAGAGAUUUGGGGGCUUCAUUAACAGGAACUAGCAGGGUGUUUUUCAAACCGUUCCCAUGGCUGGGAUGCAAGCUUAAGUUUGAGAACCACUGGUUUUGUCCUGGUGUCUCCAGCACCAGUCCCAGCUUGGUGAGGUUUGAAGUUUCAGUGUGUCUUCUACAAAAUGACAGCCAGACCUACAUUAGCUUGAGAAGCAGAGGAUUCUGUCAACAAGUGGCCAAGGGCUGUUGGACAAAAAGCUGUGCUUAAGCAGGCAUAUAGUGUGUGUACAUCUUUCGAUGAUAUAAAUUUAUUUGGGCGUGACUGUUUUAAAACACCAUAAUGAAUGUAUAAUUAAUUUAUGUUCAAGUAUUAAUAUUGUUACAAGGGAAAAGUAAUAUUAGGAUUGUUUGCUCUCCUGUCUGCCCCAGCUGUUUCUGGCAUAUUACUCUUUGUUAGCUCAGACAUUGACAUGUUUGUAUUUAAUUCUCUUGAUAAAUUAGCUACUACAUCCCCAUGGAACCAAGUCUUUUCAAAUUUAAACAAACUGUCUUUGAGUCAGAAAAGUUAGAUAAUUCUUCAACUGUUUGAAAUAAUGCUCUCUGGGAGGCCAACAUUCCAAGAAUGUAUUAAGAACUGAAACCCUACCAUUUUUAUUAUUCUUUUACAUUAAAUUGUUGAGAACAGAGUUGUGUCUGUUUGCUUCUUGAUCCUCCAGCUUCAUAGCACACUCUGCUGUUAAACCAGCUUUUGACCCAAGGUGGUAAGCUGCUGUCGGCAGAGCAGAAGGCCUUGUGGGCCAUGCAGCUACACAUCACAGGGAGUCUGAUCCUGAAAGGGCCAAAGAUUUCCAUGGAGCAGGGCCCAUUUCCAGCUGCCUCUGGUUAGCCGAACUCAACAACUUAGCCAGCUGCUUCCAGUCAUUAGACUUGCAUGUGGCUGAGCAAGACCUGAAUUUCAAGGGGAAAUGUGUGCAUAUCUCCUGUUAGUGCUGACUGAUUUAUAAAUAUCACUAGUCAGGCUAGUCAUACCUGACUGGUUCCAGGAAACUAAAACCAGGGUAUGCAAGUGGCUUAUAUAAAAUAGCAUAUAGCUAUGCAUUCUCCACAAUGCCAUAUACAGACUUAAAAAUCCCGUUCAUGUUUGAUGUCAACCAUUCUUAGACCUCAUUACUGUGUUUGAGUGCAUGUGGAGGUCAGAGGGCAACUCUUGGGAUUCCUCUCCCUUCGUGGGUUUCCAGAGACUCAGCUCAAGGCUUUUAGACUUGGCAGCAGGCACCUAUACUGGCUGAGUAACCUUGCUGGCCUCUGACAGUUUUUCUUCAGUCUGACAUGGAGCCUAUGAACAAGGCUGACUAGACCUUCAGAGCUUUGUGCUGUUCAGCAGCUUUAGCUGAAAAGGGCUGACUAUGCAACCACAGGAGUCUGGCAGUGUGUGCGGUAAUGCAGCACGUAAAGGCACAUUUUCUCGGUGUGUCAGGCUGCCCUUCAUCUGGCUUGUUUUGUCUAAAUAGUUCAAAACAGCUUAAAGGGAGAAACUCAGUGAUGAUGGAACCUUGAAUUUGGGGAACAUUACGUUAUCUUUCAAAUUUAACAACACAACAGAAUACCCACACCUCUAUGGCUUUACCUCUUCUACCCUGGCUUCUACACAGGUAUAAUCAAUGCCUUACUCACUGCUGCUGCAUGGCUUCCUUUAGAUCACCAUUCCAUCAGCUCUUCUGAGCUCAAUAUAGAAAUGGGGAAGAGUCUGGCUGGUGAGAGCCUAAAUUCAGCUUCUCAUGUGUGUUGUGGCUUUGGCUUCCUGGCUUUCUCCUAUGAUCUGUAUUAUAACUCUCUGUAAGGCCUGUGUACAGCCCAGGCCUAUGCAGCUCCAAGCUUGAAGAGCUACAGCUGAGUAAGCUAGGCUUUCUCACCAGAUCUCCAUUAGAGACAAAAUCCAAUACCAGAAAGUGGAAGAUAAAAGAUGAGCCUUUUAAUUCCCUUAACCACAACCUCCUGAGUGGAAAUGUCUAAAGCAUGCCAGCCACGCAGUUUUACAGUCAAAAUAGAACCCUGUUUUGAUGAACCCCGCCCAGCUGUAAUGCAAGGAGCUCAUUAAUAAAUACACCAGGACUCUGUCAUUUCAGAGCAAGGGCAGGCAUAGAAAGCCCAGUAUUUGGAAGGAAUGUGCUCUUGAACGUCUUAGCUUUGCUGGCAACAAGUGUUCCCAUUCUGGCCCUUCCCGGCUUCCAGGGAGGACCACCGCCUGAGUGACACCAGCGCCUUGGCACUCAGAGGUAGACUGUGCAGCACAGAUGUAGCCAAAGACCUUUUAUUUGUGUAAAGUACUUAAUCACAAGGUGGAACAGAUACAACGUUAGCAUGCUACUCCUGAGGCCCUGCUGGCCCUCUUCUGAAGUAGGUAAUGCUAAACUCAAUGACCAGACUCCCAGAGUCUCUGACACAGUGUGCAAGCAGCUUCAUGUUCUGCUUAGCUUACUUAAGAUUUCCAACAAGGCUGGGCAAGGGUCAGAUGUGUUCACAGAUGAGAAAUUACAAGCCCGCCCACCCUUUGAGUUCUAGCAAGUGACCUACAAAGUCCAGAGCCUUGAGGGAGAGAGCUAAGCGUCCUUCACCACCCCCACCAAAGCUGGCCUCAGGGUGCGUCCAUGCAGCUUGUAGCCCACCUUACUAACUAGUGCCACAGUGCCUGGUUCUUUCCCCUCCACAGGGGUGUGGAACAAGGCCUCAUGUUCAUAAGGGUCGAACUUUGCCCCAAUGGGGUCAAGCCUGAGCAAGCCGUGUUUUGUGAACACCUUCUGAAUCUGGACUUCAGUCAUCACGAGCCCUUCAUAAAGACUCUUCAGGUGAGGGUUGUUGUUGCUGACCUCCUCCUUUGGAACACUCUGGGUUGCCUUCUCUAGGAUGUCUGCAACCUCCAGCAAGUCCUUGCAGAAACCCUGGAUGCCUACAUGGAGGAAAAGAUGGUCUGCACUUAGUCUCAAUUGCAUGGGUUCCUCACACAGAUGGAUGUUCAUGAUUCCUGGUCAAAUCAUAUGCCAAAGAACCACAGUACUUUAAUAAUUUAAAGCAUCCAAAGGAGCCUUCUCUGGGAUAAGAGCAGUUAACAUGUGCAAAAAUGAGUAGGAAAGGAAGAAAACAGGUAAAAAGGGAAAUACUUAAUGUGCCCUUGAGGCUCCCACACCAAGGUGGCAGGCCACGGCCAGCUGAGCAACACCAACAGGUAAAGGUGGUGGCAGCCCCAUCACAGCCACAUGCUCACAGCUGCAGCCCUGCUCCUUUCCCUCAGAGACCACAGUGUCUGCUCACCAUAUAACUUGGCCUCUUCUACCAGCUUCUGGCUUCUCUGCCGUAGAUUCUCGGUAUCUGCCAAAGCACGUUUGUAUUUUUCCUUGGGGGACAAGGGGGGACAUUAUGUAACAAACUGUAAGACAACCAUUCUGAUUUUGAAAUAAUUAAACACAUUCCAAAUCACAACACAAAUACAACCUGCCAUCAGCUGAGGUUUUGGACAAAACCAGGACAGUAGAAAAGUAAUUUAUAUCCCUGCUAGUGUCUACAAGAAGCAGGGAAUGUUCUACCCAAGCCCACAAUAGGAAAGAGCUAGAAGGUCCUUAUGUGCUGACCGAUACCUGUCACCUGUGGGGGAAGAAUGUUACUUUCCUGUCCAACCUGAGGGGGUAGAAGCACAUCACUAGGGCUCACCAACCUCAGUUCCUGCCUCCAAAGAGAGGAAGGAAGAUCAGCUGGUAGGAAAUCUCAAGGAGGCUGAGCUCACAUGCCUGGCUAGAUUAUUACUGGGGUCAGAGACGAUCCUUGCCUCUCUCCACUGUCCCUGUAGCUAUUUCUGACCAUCUUCGGCUUAAUGUCCACUGGUGGACUCCAGAGGUCUCUACUAUACCUCUAACCUCAGUUUUCAGGCAGUCAUGGGGCAAGGUUCUAAGACAGCUUGUCCUGGUCUAGCCUUGGUGACUUGGGAAAUGAAGGGACCACAGUGACAGCUAUAUGAGUGACACUACAAAUUGCCCACAUCCUUAAGGAACUUGACUGGUGCCUGCUUUUCAAUAUAGGGUGGUAAUUGCUACCACUGACUCCCAUACUCAACUCCUAUGUUUAAACUUUUCUGGUUCCCUUUGAGUCCCAGCUCAGCCAUAACAAGUCUUCCUCAUUCAUAUGGAAAACACCAUAGUAUCAGAAUUGUACAGCCAACACAGAAACUCCCAGGUCAGUAGCGGAGCCAAGAGGGUUUGAACUCUAGUUCCUAUUUGGCAGUUUAGUUUGCUACCUGGGUCUGCAGCAGGCAGUAAACAAUUAAAUGGCUCUGCUCUGUUCCCUGUGAACUUGGAAGCUGCCGUAUGGAUCAUGCAGGCAACCAUCCAACUGAGGGUCCUUACCAUGGUCUCCUUCAGCUGCUCUUCCAGCUUCACCUUCUCUUCCAGGAGGGUCUUGUCUGCAGAGGAUGGAUCUGUCUUUGGCUCACAAUGCCCCAAGUCCUCUUCCAGGUUCUGGCCAUUGUUCUUUUGUUUUGUAGCUGUGCACAACAAGCGAGGAGAAGGCCUAAGGAAAAGCCCACACAUAAGUGAAGACAGCCUUUCAGCAUGUUAAAGACAGCGAGCAGAUUUUUAAGACAUUUGGGCUUUUGAGAUGGCUCAGUGGGUAAGGAUACUGGCUACCAAGCCUGACAACCACAUGGUAGAAAGAGCCAAUUUCUCACAAGCUGCCCCAUCCUCGACACACACUUGCUGUACAAAUAUUCAACCCUCUUCCCCUAACAAAGGAAAUGUUUAAAACAAAAAUUAUAAAUUUGGGUAAUUUCAAACUAUUCGCUAGAAAAGACUUAGAUCUCACAAAGGUAAUUGUGACAUACAAAAGGCAUGUGCUAUGGGGCUGGGGAAGUGUCUCAGUAGGCAAAAGACCCUGCAGUACAAUACUAAGACCUGAGUUUGCACUCCCAGAACCCACAUAAGAAAGCCAAGUAUGGAGGCACACCUAAAGUCCUAGCCUUGAGGUGGCAGAGACAGGCACUUCAGAUUCCUGAAGUCCACUGGCCAGCCACCUUAGUCAAAUCAUGAGCUUCAAGCUGGCUUAUUGGGUCAAGUCACCAAGCCAGUCAUGACACAGUUCCCACGACCUAUAUGGUGGAAGGAGAAAACUAAUUUCUACAAGUUGUCCUGACUUCCACACAUUUGCUAUGGCCCCCAACAAAUAUGAAAAUGAGGGUGGGAUAGAAGAAAGAUACCUGAUGUUGACCUUGGGCCUUCCCAAUGUGCUCACAUCACAUACACCACCCAAAGAAUGUGGAUGCCUUUUUAGGUGUGUCAGUAUGAGUGUAUGCCACAUGAGUGCAGUGUCCGAGGAGACCAGAAGAGGGAUGCCCUGGAGCUGGAAUUACAGGUGGUUGUAAACUGUCCAAUAUGAGCUUGGGUCCUACAGAAAAGAAGCAAAGACUCAACCACAGAACCAUCUCCUACUUCUGCCACUAUCCUAAGAGUCUUUAAUUAACAGUAUAUGGCAUAGGUGGCUCUAGCUGUCCCAUCAGGUGGUAUUAAUGCACUCUGAUACCCACCAGCUAACAGGAUCAACUGACAAAAAGACAAUUCACAGAAAGCAGCCCUGUCAUUAAGUGACAUGUGACUAUGAACAAUCUGUAAUCCACGCUUGGCCUAGCUGUGUUCCUUAUCUAUCGUGUUCUAAGGUGUCUCCUAGAGUCCAAACACUCAGACUCCUUCAUAGAACAAGGCCCACUGCACAUGCUGCUGAUGACAGUGGCCUAAGCAGAAAUCUUGUCAUCAGACAGAAAAAGUAAACACCCAAAACACAGUCACCUAUGGCUGCAGGGAAAUCCAGGACACUUGUUUUUCUUUUCUGAGCCAGGGCCCUGGCUGGCUUGGAAUUUGAUAUGUAGAACAGGUUGGCCCCAAACUCAAUAGGGCUCUGACUGCCUCUGCCUCAGUUAAAGGUGUGGACCGCAAGCUGAUUUAACAAAAAGAAAAAAAUGUGUUGCUAUUAUAUUUAUUAUGUGCUUGUUUGUCUGUCUGUCCAUGUGUGCCUUUGUAUGUGUAUAUCUGUGUAAGUGUAUGCCACGUGAGUUUGGGUACCUAUGAAAGCCAAAACCACUGGAUACUUUGGAGCUGGAAUUGCAGGCAGUUGUGCUCUGUCUAAGUGUGGGUGCUAGGAACUAAACUUGAGUCCUCUACAAGAAUAGCAAGCACUCUCAGCCACUGAGACUUCUCUCCAGCCCCUGUUUUUCUUUCUGAUGCAUUUGUUUACUCCGAGAUUGAGUCUGGCAAUAAAUUUGCAAUCUUCUAACCUCAGUCUCCCAGGUGCUGAGUCCUGGGAUUGCAGUGCGCUCUUCUGCACAGAUCCAAAGCAGGCCCAGGUGAGUUACAGGGUAGGGUGGGUAAGCGGUGCAUUUCAGGAACUGGGAAUCACUUGGACAGAGGGGUGGAAGUGGGAGUAUGAGCGUUGUGCAGAGGAAAGGCAAAGAGAAGUCUAAUGAAUCCUCGACAUGAACCUGAAGAGGCAGCCAGGAGGUAUGGGAUCUCCUGGAGCUGGAGUUACAGGCGGCUCUGACCCACUGUGGAUGCUGGGAAUUAAACCCAGGUAGGUCCUCCACAAAAGCAGCCAGUGUUUAACUACCGACCCCCCCAACCCCUGGCCCCAGCAGUGACCUCUUAAUUUUAUUUUUUAUUCUGUCAUGCUUUUAAAAAAGCUAAGAAUCUGGGCUGGGGAGUUGGCUCAGUGGUGGAGAGCAUUUGUUAUUCUUGUAGAGGACCUAACUUUGAUUCCCAGGUAACAACCAGCUAAUUGUAACUCUUCUGACCUCUGAAGGCACUAGGCACACACAUGGUGCAUGGACCUAUGUUCAGGCAAAACACCCAUACACAUGUGAAGCCUGCCUACAGUAUGAAUUAUCUCCACCCCUGGGAGUGACAAUCAGCCUUUCAGCAAGAGUUUUGCUGUACAGAUACUUUCAUGUAAGGAACUAGGACUAGGUCCCUCAGGGAAGAGGGAAGCCAAGCUUAGGGAUAUUGUGGAGUUAUGACUAGCAGCUAUACGGCUGUCCUUCCUACUAGAGCACCUUUCUUCAAAACCACAAUUUAAGAGACAGACAUAAACCAAGCUGGGGGAUGGGACCGGAUGGGAAUCCUUCCUGUCAACUCUAAGCACCACAAGUAAGAAAUGCUUCCACGGGAAUACUCCAGACUGCUCACUGCUUAGCUCCCAGCUCUUUGCACAAUGUAAGCCUGUUUUCAUCUUGUGGUCACGUAUAAGAGAUCAUCCACAUGUUAACUCUCACUAGAUGAAAAGGCCCGCUCCCAUUCCGCUCAGUUUCCACAAGAUUCGGGCAAAGUCGCUCUUUUUAUUUUUUUUAAAUCAACCAAAAACUUGGUUCCAGGAAGAAACAAGCUAAAGAAACUGAGCACUGCCUAACUUUGGAGGUGCGACUCAAAAGCCGGAAGCCACGAGUUAAGGUAAAGAUUGCCAAAAAAAUGGGCAUUUAUCUAAUUAAACUGCGCACACUGUCUUUGUUGCUCCUUGGACUUCACAUUCCGCGGAGGACAAAAUGUGAGGGACAGUGGGAAAAGCCAAUAACCAGGCAGCACACAUUCUGGUUUGGAUUAGGGAUCAGUAACCCCAGCCCCUAGGCAGGCGGGCUUCUGCCUGGCUGCCUGACCUUGGGCAAGUCUCCCGCUUGUUGUCUUUUGCAAUUCCAGGAGGGGUGGUGCCCCUAUGCCGGUGAGAGUACCGUGUGUCGCCUGACAAGCAAAUGGCGGAGCCUUCCACCUGACGCAUCACCCAGAUCCCCACAUUUACGCCCCAGCGGCCCCACUCCUCGGCCCUCGGGCCCAGUUCGUGCAGCGCCGCACAGCAAACACCGGGACACCCGCGCGUUGAGGCCAGGCACGGGGAUCCGACUGUGAGGAUGAGACUUCAGGGCGCACGGGCACCGAUGCGGGGACCAGACCUGCUGCUAAUGUCCUCGCCAGAGCUCUGGGCCAAGAGUGGGGCCGACGCGGAGGAGCAGUGCUCUCUUACCUGAACGACAGCGCCAAAGCCGGGAGGCUGCGCCGCGCCAGCCUCACGCACCGAGCCGCCAUGACUACCCCCGGGGUCGCGUCACUGCACUCACACUGCGCAUGCGCGAAAGCCCCUACACCGGCUUCCCCACCUACUGCUGUUGUUUAGCUAAUCCGUGAUCGCCGUUGUUCUGAUGGACAGAUAAUUUCCACCAAUAAUUGCGAGUCAUGACAGAGUACCGGUUCCCCCUUCUCUGGUGGGCGGGGACUGAGGCUUCUGGGAGUCCCGGAAGUUUGCUCAGAAUGCAACAUAAGAAAAUGAACUAACAGCAGUGUGUGCAGGAGAGCUUCGAGGAUUUGGUGCAGAUGUUUGGUCAGUACUAUGGGGGAGGUCGCAAAGCUGAGAGAUGUCUGAGGAUGCUUUCUUGUAUAUGCAACUGCUUCCUUCCUCUCCCCGCUCCUUCAAAUUCCGAGACGGAAUUCCACGCUUCGUCUGUGGACUACAGUUUGCGAGUGCCCUCAAAAGGACCAAAAAGUCUAUUAUUUAACUUCGCUUUUAUUAAAACCAUUUCCUCAACA